AAUAAAAUUUUAAAAAUAAUAAAUAAUAAUAAUUCAAAAGAAUUAACAAAAUAUAUUCAACCAACAUAUGCUGAAACAAUAAUGUCAUCCUAUAUUAAAAAUGGACCUUAUGAAUCAUUAAAUGAUUUAGUAAUAAAGACUAAUAUAAAUGAAAAUAUUUUGAAUGAAUUUUAUAAUUCAAUGCUCAACCAUGAAAAAAUAUCCAAAAAAAUAAAUAAAUUUAUUGUAACGCCCAAUAUCAAUAAAAUAAAAAUGCCACAAAUGAUAUUAGGAAUACAUGUGGGACCUAAUGCAAUAAGUUGGACAUUAUUAAAUUCUAAUUUUAAUAUACUAAAUUGGGAUUGUCUUGUUUGGAGGAAUAAAAUGUCAAAAAUUACAAUUUAUGAUAUAAUUAGUUUGACAUCAUCUUUUGUACAAGAAUUAUCAGUAUCUAAUAAUAAUUUAACUUCUUUUGUAAUGGAAGAAAUUGAGGCAACAAAAAUAUUACGUUAUCAAUUUCAAAUAUUUAUUGGUAUUGCAAGUUGUCUUAAAUUAUUGUUAUAUCAAGAAAAAAAUAAUUCAUCAAAAUUCUCAAAUAAUUUAUACAUAUUAAAAUCUCAAUCGACAGCACGAUUCUUUAAACUUAAAGUUGGUAAUGAAAUAAUUGCAACAAAUUAUAUUUUGGAAAAAAUAUUAAAUAAAACAUAUGAAUCAGAUAAAAUAGAUGAAAAUUUAAAACAGAUACAAAUAUAUAUAGAUGAUGAAAUAAAACAAAAAUAUAUAAAAAAAAUUGCAGAAGAAAAAGAACAAAUAGGACGGUCUCUAUUGACAGCUUUAACUUUUAUACACCUAGUUAAAAAUCAAUCUUUAGUUAAACAAUAAUUUAAAAUAAUUAAUUGUACAUAAAAUUUGUUAUGAAUAUAAACUGAUAAAUGUUUUAUACAGUGUAUAUAAAAAAAUAAAAAAGAAUAAAAAAAAAUUUCAUGUGAAUUAAUAGUAUAUACAGAUCUUUUCAUUUAUUAUGUAUUAAUUUUUAUUAUAUUAUUUAUUUAUAGUACAUUGUAGUCUAAUAUUUCUUUGCUCUUGAAUACAAAUAACAUAAUUAAAUAUGUAAAUAAAUAAUUGAUCACAAUGAUAGCAAUAUGAAAAAUUAUUUAAUCAUAUGCAUUGCAAAUAUUAAGUGAAUAUAUAAGAGAGCAAAAUUACAUAAAAAUAAAUUUGUAUGGUGAAUUAAAAAUAUUAAUUUAAAUAAUGCUUUUUAGUGUGCAAAUUAAUAAAUUAUUAAGUAAUCCCAUAAGUAAUACAGUUUUUUUAUAUUUAAAGCAAUGGAAUUAGUUAUGAGAAGAAAUUCUAUAAAAAAAAAAAAAAAAAAAAGAAAACAGAAAAUUUAGUGGAAAAAUAAUAAAAAAUUAUAGAAAAUAAUAGAAAAUAUAUUAUUGAUUAAUUAUUGAUAGAUAGUUGUUUAUUUUCACGUAAUAUACAAUAUAUCACGUACAGGAAAAAUAGCAUUAUUUAUGGGAUAACUUAAUAAGUAUUUAAUAGGCUUAUUGAAAAGAUUAUAAUACCGCUACUUAAUCCGGCAGUGAUGCUGUAAAAAAGCAUAUUUCUACAUAUCAUUAUCUAAUCGAGCACGAAUAAGCACAACACAAAGUUUUCCAUUGUACGUAUUUUAAAUUUUGCUCUUUUUGAUAUUUGUAAUAUUUUUAAUAAUGUUUUUAAAUAAUGGUAAAAAAAAAAAUAAAAUAAAAUUAUUUUAAUUAACUAAAUAAUAUUAAGAAACUAGUGAAUCAAUUUAUUCAAACACCAUUUAUUCAGACACUAUAGUAAAUUGCGUGUGCCAGUGCUCGUGUGUGUUAUGUAUCUGUUUAGAUUUUUUUUGAAUAAAUAUAAUAAAUACGAAAUACAUAAUUAAUAGAAUAACUGAUUGAGCUUGUAUUUUUUUAUAUAUCAAUAUUUUAUGACACAUACAAUGAAUUAAAAUUAAAUAAAGAGAUUUCAUAUGCCAAUCUCCUCAAUAAUCAUUUGACGCAUAAACGAUGCUAAUUUAUCCACAAUUUUCCGAUUGUAUUAAUCGUAUAUAAUUAUUUCUAUGAAAUGAAUAACAGAAAUAUCAACCAUUAUUCCAUUUUACUUUCAUUGCCGAUGGACUACAGAUCAUCGGAUCUGUCAUCGAAACGACAAAUAGAUACGCUAUACAAUUGAACUAUGUGAUUGCACUUCUUUCAAUGUCUCACUCGCAAUCGCAUCGCUGCCAGGUUAACGCAAUUAAUUAAAUCGUUAAAGUAAUACCCGAUCAGACCAGCUGGAAACGAGUCUUGACAUAUAUGUAUAUCGACAUAUCUAAUAUAUAAUUCUAUAUAUAUAAUAUAUUUAUAUGUAUAUUAAUACGUAUGUGCACGUCUUUACGCUACAACAUCGUGAAACAAAAACUGUUAAGUACAUUAUAAUAAUUAUUAUUUCUUUCUUUUCUCUUUUUCGCCUCUGUAUAUAGUUUAGAAUGCAUUUUUUUCUUGUUUUAUAUUCUUUUUGCUUUGUAUCUCAGAGACAUUUUUAUGCAAGCGUAUACAUAUAUAAAAUCUAGAUUCAGUUUAGAACGUAUAUAUCAUUACGUGCACUAAAGCGAUCUCGCCAACUCGCUUUGAAUUUGUGCAAAACGAUGCGGUUUUUUUUUUAUAUAAGAUAUAACCGGGAAUAGAAAUAUAUCUUUCGCAAAAAACUACGACGUUAUGCUCGGAUGAACACACAAUCGAUAUAUAAUUAUGACAUUAAAAAUAAUAUACGAUUGUUUAAAUAUAUAAUAAUGUUAUUAAAAUUAUAUAGUAUCUGUCAUCGAGGAGUUAAAAUUAUAUCUUGAAAUAGCUGAAAAAGCUUCUUUUAUAUAGCAAUUCCUCUUGCGGAAAUAAAUAUAAAUAUAUAUAAAAAC